AUGAUAUUAGGUGAACAAAGACGUCGCAGAUUUCGUCCCGGAACACGAGCGUUGAUGGAAAUACGUCAUUUACAGAAAACAACCCAUUUGCUAAUACGAAAGAUGCCGUUUGUCCGCGUAGUAAGUUUAAACUCGACAAUACUUGAUGCUUUUGCCAUGAGAUGUUUAUUGAAAACUGCUUUGAUUUCAUGUAAAACAAUGUUAACUUGCCGUUAGAGCUGUCUAAAUUUAUUUCAAUAUUUGUAUUAGGUCAGAGAGUUGGCAAGAAAAUAUGCAACAGGACCUGUAGAAUUAAGAUGGCAGGUCCCUGCUCUUGAAUGUAUGCAAGAGGUGUGUAUAUAUCAUUACCAGAAUCAACAGCCCUCGAAAAUCGGAAAUCUGACCUAGGUUACCUAGGUUGGCAUGUCUUGGCAUUUUUUAAAAAUCUAUUUCCAUGUCGAUCUUGGAGCACUAUUAAUCACGCAUUUACGAAUCAUUGAAAUCGGAAUAUAACUGGAAUGUUACCUCCAGCCAGAAAAUUCAAAAGUUGAAGCCAAUUUUAUCUCCAGAUGCGCGAAAUUUGAUCUUUGAACAGACAUUGGUGGGUUCCUGCAAAAGGGGAUCGCGUAACAUAAAUGUCAUCAGUCCCACGACUGGAUGACUUAAAGUUGUCACAAUCCUGUUUUAAUGUUUUCGAAUCGAAUUCUAUAUUCGAAUUCUAUAAUUCUAUAAUCGGAUUCUAUAAUCGCUGACUUUUUAACAGCUACAAAAGUUUGCCGACCUGGGAGGUUGAUAGGUCGGCAUUUAGGUUGGAAUUUCCGAAUGCCGACCUCGUUUUCAAGGGCUGAAUUAAUGGUUUAUGACAAAUCAUCAUAUGCAAGUUAAAGCAAUUUUGUAUGCCAAAAAAUUGGCAGCGUACAAUUUCAUGGAAAUAUUUGUAGGGCAACUUUUUAGUCAGUAUUAAACACCCGGAAUCCCUUGCCAGAUUGCAAAAAAAGCCCAAAAAAACUAAACCAGCCAAAAUAACUUUCAUUGCAAAACAAAGCUAAAAUGGAAUAAUUGUAAGUCAAAAUUAAAAUUUGUAGGUCAAAUAUUUUUACAGUAAUUCACAAUUAUUUUCUACAAUUUUUUAAAAUUCAUUACUAACAGUAAUUCACAAAAAAUUCUUACAGUAAUUCACACCCUGCCAUAUAGUGCCCAUACCAUACUUAUUACCAUAUAUACACUCCUAAAGUAUAUUUUGUUUUUUCUCUUUUUAGGCUGCAGAGGCAUUUUUGGUUCGACUUUUUGAAGAUGCGUACCAUUCACUGGGGCUUUAUUUGUGUAUGGGAGGGAGGGGCAGAAAAGUGCUCACCCCCCCUCUUUCACCAUAUUUUAGUUUGUGGUCCGACUCCUUAUAACCUCACUGACACUAUUUUGUUUGUGGCUACUAAUGUAAGGCAUGCACAAAUAUUCAGGGCAGCAUGUCUUCGUCAAUAUUCAGAGACAAUUGUCUUUAGUUUUAGUCGUUUAAUUAAUUUGUCAUCUGUCGUUCCAUUUUUUGUAACAGAUUUAAAUGACUGUAUUUUGUUCGUGUGUUUUUUUUCUUUUCCGUUUCGUUUCAAACAGGAAUCUAUGUGCUAUCCAUGCGAAACGUGUCACCAUCAUGCCGAAGGACAUCCACUUGGCCCGAAGAAUCCGCGGAAGAUCCGAUGCUGGCUGUCCGUGAACGAUAUGUAAAUUAUGUAAAUGAUUAUCUUAUACUUACUAAUUAUUUUAAUUCAUUGUAGAGGCUUACAUAUAGGCAUGACAUUUUAACACCUAAGAUUUAAAGGGGCGGUCAAGUCCGUUUUGCGCAUGCGCGGAAUACUGUACAUUAUAUAGAUAGAUAAUUCAAUUGUAAGGGGUUUUGUACAAUGGAAUUUUAGUUACAUUUGUACAAAGUUA